AAAAAAAGUCAUCCCUAUGGUAUACCAUAGAUUACGAUGACUUGUCGCCAUUUUGCAAGAAUGUCAGCCAAAUCAUCAGAACUAGUGUUUUAAGAUUUCUAUGUUAUUUCAAAAAAAACUGAAGUGAUUUUGUGUUUGAAAAGUUAUUAUUGUUGAUCUUCAAAAUGGACCGUUUUAUAAGCAUGUGGAAAGUGCGUGAACUGGCCGACAAGGUGACAAAUGUAGUAAUGAACUACACAGAGGUCGAAGGAAAGGUUCGCGAAGCCACCUCUGAUGAAGCUUGGGGUCCAACUGGACAACAGAUGCAGGAGUUGGCCCUGGCCACCUUCACGUACGAACACUUCCCCGAGGUCAUGUCGAUGUUGUGGAGGAGGAUGUUGCACGACAACAAGAAUCAUUGGAGAAGGACUUAUAAGUGCCUACUGCUACUGAGCUACUUAGUCCGCAACGGCUCGGAGCGCGUCGUGACGUCAGCCAGGGAACACAUCUACGAUCUGCGCUCGCUAGAGAACUACACGUACGUCGACGAAGUCGGCAAAGAUCAGGGCGUCAAUGUGAGACAUAAAGUGCGCGAGUUGAUCGAUUUCAUCCAGGACGACGAGAAGCUCAGGGAGGAAAGGAAAAAAGCCAAGAAGAAUAAGGACAAGUAUAUUGGCAUGUCAUCGGAGGCGACAGUGCUGGGGGGCCGGGGGGGGCCCGCCUGGGGACAGUACAGCGACCGCACCGGCUGGGAAGAACCGAAGGAGCGGAAUGACGACGAGGAUUACGAGAAGGAAGGAGAUUCAGACGGAGACUACGCCCCGAGGAGACCCAAAGAGUCCGUGUACCGGGACUCCGAGGUGGUCAACAGCAGCCCUCCGCCCUCCCGGAGCAGCAUCGCCAACAACAAGCCGCUCAACAUCAGCCUGAAGAGUCCGGCCAAGGCCAAGUCUUCCACGCCCUCCAAGAAAAUCGAUUUAGGCGCAGCGGCCACAUACGGUAAGACGGCCCCGCCGACACAGAGCGGCCACUCGCACGAGUUCGAGGACGAGCUGUUCAAGACGUGUCCAGUGACCACACAGCCGCACGCACUCAACCCGCUCGAAGAUGAUUUUGAUCCGAGAGCGGAUGAAACAUCAAAAGAGGAAUUCGGUGACUUUGCCAAUGCCUUCGGUUCCGCGGCGCCCACCCCGGCCCCCGCCCCCGCCCCCGCCCCCGCCCCCAGCAACAACAACGACGGGUUUGCGGACUUCACCAGCGCCUUCAGCGACUCCGCGGACGACGGACUCACCGCGACCAUGCACGCGGCCCCGGCGUCGAACCUGGACCUCCUGAGCGACCUGUCCGUCUCGCCCUCCGUGGACAGUCUCGCGGCCACGCUGUCCGCCGCCACCCUGCAGCCGACGCCCACUGCAGGCGACGCGGCCACCCCGCUGCAGAGGAAGCUGCUGCAGGCCAGCAAGUACCUCGCGCACACCCUACAGAACAUCGGACUCAUCAAAACUGAAAACGACUUGACGAAGGUCAAGAACGGCUUCGAGAACCUCAUGCAGUACCUCCCCGGACCCAUCACCGUCCAGAAACUGUUCAAGGCCGACGAGUUCGUCAUCACCGACCAGCUCAUAGAGCCCUACUCGCGCCUGCUGUGCGCCGUGGUCCGGCACCUGCUGCCGCAGUGGCCGCUGUUCAAAGACAAGGUCGUCAGCUUGUUCCUCAUCGAGGAAAGCUUCGAGGUGAACCACGAGAUCCUGACGGUUCUGUGCGGCUGCCUGCGCACCGAGAGCAGCGCGGCGGCGGCGGAGGCGCUGGCGCACCUCGCGCUCCGGUACGUGCGCAGCGACGCCGUGCUCGCCGCCCUGCUGCACCGCGGCGCCGCACCCACCCCCGCCCCCGCCCCCGCCGCGCACUGGGACACCUACCUGCAGCUGCUGGCCACGUUGCCGGAGAGGGUGGCCAACAGGAUGGAGACCAAGACCCCCAAGGAGUUCUCGCAAGAAAACUACUCCAACAUCCUCAUAUUCCACAUCGUGCGCUGCAUCGACUACAUGUCGGACAGCACGUUCUACCAGGGCUCCAAGUACGACCUGUCCUAUCUGUCGCAGCUCAUGUCCAAGGUGCUCGUGAACUACUACAUGAACGGCACCAGCGCGCCCGUCACUAACCUGGUGGACGUUCUCAUCGCCUGGUGCAGCAACGAGAACCAGGACAAAAACCGAUUUGUGAAGCGGAAGCUGAUACAAGUCCUGCUGGCGCACUCCAGCCGCCAGGCCAUAGAGAACCUGUGCUUCCUGCUGCUGCGGCGCUGCCCGCUGGACUACCGGAGCGACCGACAGAUCAUCUCCAACAUCCUCGGCGACAACUUCGACGCGAGCCGGGACUGGCGGGAGAUCCUGUCCUCCAAGGUGCCGUUCUACAUCGUGCCGAAGGACUACCGCGACACCACCGUACCCGAGAAUCUCAUCUACUUCCUGUCCACGACCAGGAACAGAGCCGAGAACCUGUCCGACUUGAUCUUGCGGCUGUCCCACGUGUGGGCCGACGUCAAGUGCAGCGACAUCUCCAACCUGGACCAGCACAUGUACCUGAGCGAGCUGCUGGUGCUGGCCGUCAAGUACCGGGUGAUGCUCUCCAUGAAGCACAAGGCGUACUGGGACCUGGCCGAAACCAAGGCCGUCCUGUUCAAGGGCAUGGGGAAGCACCUGGACGUCGCCGCGCAGGACUUCCGCUGCGUCGGCAUGGCCACCAUCGAAAUCGUGCUCAAAACGUUAGCGGACAUAGAGACCAGCGACAAGGAAGCGCUCAAGUCGCUCAGCUUCGACUACAAGGAGAUGGGGGAGAACUGCGUCGAGAUCCACAGGAUACUUCUCGACGUCUCCAACAAAUGUCUCAUCGACAUCAACAGGAAGAUUCCGCACAAGUUCAAGUUGAAGCUGCCGAACGUGGGCGCCACCCUGGACCGCAUCGCCGAGGCACUCUGCGCCGAGGGGACCCGCGCCGUCCACAACACCAUCGUCACGUGCGCCGUCAAGACGCCCCAGCAGACCAAGGAGAUCGUCAAGACCAUCAUAUCGGUCAAACUCGACGCUCUGGAAAAGGAAGGCAGGCCCGUCGUGGAAGACCUGGACUCGGACGACGACCUGGAGCCCUACGACCUGUCCAAUGACGUCUCUGUCAACGCCAGAAAGCGACCCGCCUACGUCAGGGAUCUACUCGAGAACCUCGUCGAAGCGAAGGACGUGGAAACCUUCGAGGCUUGUCUGGAAGUGGCGGAGGAACUCGUCACGAAACAGCUGAAGAACGAAAGUCCCAAGCUCGCGAUCGACCUCAUGGACCUGUUCGUGCACCUGGAGCCCAAGUACAGCGUCGACAAUUUUGAACAAAUCAAAUUCAAGACUUGCGUCGCGAUCGUGCUGGCGCGCCCCGCCGCCGCCGCCCAGCAUCUGUGCAAGGAGUUCCACACCGACGUCGGCCGGUACUCCAUAGCCACGAAGGUGCUCAUGUUGGACAUCAUCGCCGAGUCGGCGCACCGGCUCUCCAACACCAUCAGCGACAGCGCCGCGGAGGGCCGGCCCGAGGCGCCGCGCCCGGCCGACGACGCGGUCCCCCCCGAGGAGAUCAUCCGGCGGCGGCUGAUCAACAAGACGAAGUACUACCACAGCAUGAAGCCGCACCCGUUCUCGCAGGCCAAGAGGAACGAGUUCGCGAAGGUCGCCGACAGCUUCUUCUACCCGCUGCUCAGCGGCUUCGGCUACAAGCAGCUCACGCUCAGCCACCACAACCGGCGCCAGGACGCGGACGGCGUGCUGCUGCUCAAGUACCUGUCCGUCAUCGGCAACGUGCUGCUCGCCUCCAAGAACUGCCCCAAGUGCGCGCAGUACUGCUGGGAGGUGUGCGAGCUGGUGCUGCACCUCCGCUACGCGCCCGACGCGCGCCUGCAGGCCUGCGUGGUGGGGCUGCUGGGCUCCGUAGUGCUGGCCCUGCCGCAGACCAUACUCAGGAGCGAGUUCUUCGAGGUCAUGAUGGAGUUCCGGGCCUGGCUGUCGGACUGCGCCGCCAACAUCGACCUCACCUUGAAGACGGGAGGCCCCGCGUCUGAGGCGGCCAUAUUCGCCGGACAGAUACUGGCGCUGAUAGAAACCAGCUUAGCUGACUCUAAGUAGGCGGCGGAGCGCUCGGAGCCGGGAACGACUUCGUGAAGACGCGGAAGUGUCCGCCCCACCCUCGGGGCUGCAGCCGCGCCGCCGGCCCGCGGGGCCCCGGGGCUCCGGAGCGGGCCUAGGGACCGUGUUGUGUACCGUGUCGCGUACUGUCGGCCAAUAAACGUAUCCCACUGA